UUCCCACACGCCCCAGGGCUGCUCCAAUCAUAUGCAUCAGUGCAUGGGAUUGCUGCUUUGAGACCAAUGAAGGAAAAAUAAAACCAAAAUGCAGGGUUUUGGCUUCUGCUGUGGAGUGCUGAAAAUGAAAAAUUUUGGAAAGAUAAUGGGGUGUUGUUUUUUUUUUUUUUCCUUCGUGAGACACUAAAAAUGUUGGGGUUGGCUUAGGAUGGGAAUGGAGCCAUUGCAACAGGUCGAGGCGCUGAAGGUUUGAGGAACUGAGGGUUCGCAGUGCGCACGUGGGCACGAGAACCGGGCGGGGAGGCGUCCAGAGCGAGGGAUGCGUUCACCGCAAGGCGUGGAAGGGGCGGCCCCGAACCCACUCGCGUCUCGGUGCUGAUACGGGCGCGGAGAGCCGGGCUGGCGCCAGUAGCAGGCGGCUGCGGGGCGGCGGUGUGCAGAGGCGCGCCCGGGGGCGGGCUGCGGGCCGGCGGCGGAGGGGUUAAAGCGGCGGCGGUUCUAUUUGCGGCCGUCGGAGCUCCGGGCGAUUAGCGAGCGGCUCCGCGCCCCCGCCCGGCUCGGCCCCAGGAGCGCGGCAGCAGCAGCAGCAGGUGGCGGCGGCGGCGGCGGCAGUGGCAGUGAGGAGGGAGUUAAGCCCGCGGCGGCGAGCGGCAGGAGGGGGCUGAGGAGGAGCGGCACCGGGAGGAGGGGGCUCGCGGAGCGGGCGGCAGCAGGAGGGGGGACCGACGAGCUGGCAGCGGCUCUAGCGGUUGCUAGGGAUGGAGAGAUCCCGUGUCACCCGGAUGUGAGUGUCAUGUUGGCCCAAACUCGGAGGGAUUUGGCAGCGGAGAAGCAGCGGCAGCAGCGGCGGGAGGAGGAGGAGCGGGAGCAGCCCCUCGCGCGUCGCUAGUCGCUACCAUGGGGGUCGGGUAGCGGAGCGCAGGGCAGCGCGCACCUGGCUCGGGGCGGCGGGGGACGUCUCGGCCCUGGGCUUUUUUCUUUUUCCUCUCGCGCGCCGAAGAAAGUGGGAAUCAUGCAGCACCACCACCAGCAGCAGCAGCAGCCCGGGCAGCACCCAGAAGAGGCGAACUAUGCAAGCAGCACCAGAAUUCCUCUCCCUGGUGACGGACCAACUACUCAGUCCAACAGUUCAGCACCAUCCAAGCAAACUGUUCUGUCUUGGCAAGCUGCAAUUGAUGCUGCUAGACAAGCAAAGGCUGCCCAAAAUAUGAAUUCCACCACAGCCCAGCCUGUAGGAUCUCUGUCCCAAAGAAAACGCCAGCAAUAUGCCAAGAGCAAAAAACAGGGUAAUACAUCUAAUAGUCGGCCACCCCGUGCCCUUUUCUGUUUAUCCCUCAACAACCCCAUACGAAGAGCCUGCAUUAGUCUAGUAGAAUGGAAACCAUUUGACAUAUUUAUACUACUGUCUAUUUUUGCCAACUGUGUGGCCUUAGCUGUUUACAUCCCAUUCCCAGAAGAUGAUUCUAAUUCAACUAAUCAUAAUUUGGAAAAAGUAGAAUAUGCCUUCCUGAUAAUUUUUACAGUUGAAACAUUUUUGAAGAUUAUAGCAUAUGGAUUAUUAUUACACCCCAAUGCGUACGUUAGAAAUGGAUGGAAUUUAUUGGAUUUUGUAAUAGUAGUAGUAGGAUUAUUUAGUGUAAUAUUGGAACAAUUAACCAAAGAAACAGAAGGUGGCAGCCACUCAGGUGGCAAACCUGGAGGCUUUGAUGUCAAAGCCCUAAGAGCCUUUCGUGUAUUGCGACCUCUCCGGCUUGUAUCAGGAGUGCCCAGUUUACAAGUUGUCCUGAACUCCAUUAUAAAAGCCAUGGUUCCCCUGCUCCAUAUUGCCCUUUUGGUAUUGUUUGUAAUCAUAAUCUAUGCUAUUAUAGGAUUGGAACUUUUUAUUGGAAAAAUGCACAAAUCUUGUUUUCUUAUUGAUUCAGAUAUACUAGUUGAAGAAGAUCCAGCACCUUGUGCAUUCUCAGGGAAUGGACGUCAGUGUGUCAUGAAUGGCACUGAAUGUAAGGGUGGUUGGGUUGGACCGAACGGAGGCAUAACGAACUUCGAUAAUUUUGCAUUUGCAAUGUUGACUGUGUUCCAGUGUAUAACCAUGGAAGGAUGGACUGAUGUGUUAUACUGGAUGAAUGAUGCUAUGGGAUUUGAAUUGCCAUGGGUGUAUUUUGUCAGUCUCGUCAUCUUUGGGUCAUUUUUCGUACUAAAUCUUGUUCUUGGUGUAUUGAGCGGGGAAUUUUCCAAGGAAAGAGAAAAAGCCAAGGCCCGAGGGGACUUUCAGAAGCUACGUGAAAAGCAGCAGCUUGAAGAAGAUCUGAAGGGAUAUUUAGACUGGAUUACACAGGCAGAAGACAUUGAUCCUGAGAAUGAUGAAGAGGCUGAUGAAGAAGGCAAACGGAACACAAGCAUGCCCACCAGUGAAACUGAGUCAGUGAACACAGAGAAUGUGAGUGGAGAAGGAGAGAACGCAGCAUGCUGUGGGAGCUUAUGUCAAACCAUCUCAAAAUCCAAGUUCAGUCGGCGCUGGCGUCGCUGGAAUCGAUUUAAUCGAAGAAAAUGUAGAGCUGCAGUAAAAUCUGUCACAUUUUAUUGGCUUGUUAUUGUCUUGGUCUUUCUGAACACAUUAACUAUCUCAUCAGAACAUUAUAACCAACCUGACUGGCUGACCCAGAUCCAAGAUAUCGCAAAUAAAGUUCUUCUGGCUUUGUUCACCUGUGAAAUGUUAGUAAAGAUGUACAGCUUGGGUCUACAGGCUUAUUUUGUUUCUCUUUUUAACCGCUUUGAUUGCUUCGUUGUUUGUGGUGGCAUUGUUGAAACCAUUUUGGUGGAGUUGGAAAUUAUGUCACCCCUUGGAAUUUCAGUGUUUCGCUGUGUUCGUCUCCUGCGUAUUUUUAAAGUAACAAGGCACUGGGCAUCCCUGAGCAACUUGGUAGCAUCCUUGUUAAACUCAAUGAAGUCCAUUGCUUCACUGUUGCUUCUGCUUUUCCUCUUCAUCAUAAUCUUCUCGUUGCUUGGAAUGCAGCUGUUUGGAGGCAAAUUUAAUUUUGAUGAAACUCAAACAAAACGGAGCACCUUCGAUAAUUUUCCACAAGCUCUUUUAACUGUAUUCCAGAUUCUAACAGGUGAAGACUGGAAUGCUGUUAUGUAUGAUGGCAUAAUGGCGUAUGGUGGUCCAUCAUCUUCAGGCAUGAUAGUCUGCAUAUAUUUCAUUAUCCUCUUCAUCUGCGGUAACUAUAUCUUACUAAAUGUCUUCUUGGCCAUUGCUGUGGAUAACUUGGCAGAUGCUGAAAGUCUAAAUACUGCUCAGAAAGAAGAAGCAGAAGAAAAGGAAAGGAAAAAGAAUGCAAGAAAAGAGAGUCUGGAAAAUAAAAAAAGUGAGAAGUCAGAAGGUGACCAAAAGAAACCCAAGGAUAGUAAGGUGACAAUUGCUGAAUAUGGAGAAGGAGAGGAUGAAGAUAAAGAUCCUUAUCCACCCUGUGAUGUACCAGUAGGUGAAGAUGAAGAAGAUGAGGAGGAUGAACCUGAGGUACCAGCAGGCCCACGACCCCGUAGAAUAUCAGAACUAAAUAUGAAGGAGAAGAUAACACCGAUCCCUGAAGGGAGUGCCUUCUUCAUUUUCAGCAGCACCAAUCCAAUUCGAGUGGGAUGCCACAGGCUCAUCAAUCACCACAUCUUUACCAAUCUCAUCCUUGUCUUCAUCAUGCUGAGCAGUGUUUCCCUAGCAGCAGAAGAUCCGAUCCGCAGCCACUCAUUUCGAAAUAAUAUACUUGGUUACUUUGACUAUGCUUUCACAGCCAUCUUUACUGUUGAAAUCCUGUUAAAGAUGACAGCUUUCGGAGCAUUCCUCCAUAAAGGGUCCUUCUGCAGAAAUUACUUUAAUUUGCUGGAUUUGCUGGUUGUGGGUGUUUCUCUGGUGUCAUUUGGUAUUCAAUCAAGUGCUAUCUCAGUUGUGAAGAUCCUCAGAGUUUUGAGAGUCUUGAGGCCCCUAAGGGCUAUAAACAGAGCAAAAGGACUUAAGCACGUUGUUCAGUGUGUCUUUGUGGCUAUUAGAACUAUUGGUAAUAUCAUGAUUGUUACAACUCUGCUGCAGUUCAUGUUUGCUUGUAUUGGAGUGCAGCUCUUCAAGGGAAAAUUCUACAAGUGCACUGAUGAGGCAAAACAGAAUCCAGAGGAAUGCCGGGGGAUAUACAUUGUUUAUAAAGAUGGAGAUGUUGAUAAUCCAAUGGUCAAAGAGAGGGUCUGGCAAAAUAGCGAUUUCAACUUCGACAAUGUUCUGUCUGCUAUGAUGGCCCUUUUCACCGUGUCCACUUUUGAAGGCUGGCCUGCGCUGCUGUACAAAGCCAUCGAUUCCAAUGGCGAGAAUGUAGGACCUGUAUACAACUACAGAGUGGAGAUCUCCAUUUUUUUCAUCAUCUAUAUCAUCAUUAUUGCUUUCUUUAUGAUGAACAUAUUUGUUGGUUUUGUCAUUGUUACAUUCCAAGAACAGGGGGAACAAGAAUACAAGAACUGUGAGCUGGACAAAAAUCAGCGUCAGUGUGUGGAAUAUGCCUUGAAGGCACGUCCUCUUCGUAGAUACAUUCCAAAAAAUCCUUACCAGUACAAGUUCUGGUAUGUGGUGAAUUCUACUGGAUUUGAAUACAUCAUGUUUGUCCUCAUCAUGCUGAACACACUUUGCCUGGCUAUGCAGCACUAUGGACAGUCUAAGCUCUUUAAUGAUGCAAUGGACAUUAUGAAUAUGGUUUUCACGGGAGUGUUCACUGUUGAAAUGGUUUUGAAGCUGAUUGCAUUCAAACCCAAGGGCUAUUUUAGUGAUGCCUGGAAUACGUUUGACUCCCUCAUCGUUAUUGGCAGCAUAGUAGACGUCGUUCUCAGUGAAGCUGAUCACUAUUUCACUGAUGCAUGGAACACUUUUGAUGCCUUAAUUGUUGUUGGUAGCGUCGUUGAUAUUGCUAUAACAGAAGUUAAUCCAAAGCCAACUGAAACAGUCACAACUGAUGAGUCUGGGAACUCCGAAGACAGCGCGAGAAUCUCCAUCACUUUUUUCCGUCUUUUCCGAGUGAUGAGGUUGGUGAAGCUGCUUAGCAGAGGAGAAGGAAUCAGAACUUUAUUGUGGACAUUUAUUAAGUCAUUUCAGGCUCUGCCUUAUGUCGCUCUUCUGAUAGCUAUGCUGUUCUUCAUCUAUGCUGUCAUUGGAAUGCAGGUGUUUGGAAAAGUGGCCAUGAGAGACAACAAUCAAAUAAACAGAAACAACAAUUUUCAAACUUUCCCCCAAGCUGUGCUGCUUCUCUUCAGGUGUGCAACUGGAGAAGCUUGGCAGGAAAUCAUGCUGGCAUGUUUGCCUGGAAAACGCUGUGAUCCCGAAUCUGAUUAUAAUCCAGGGGAAGAAUACACGUGUGGAAGCAAUUUUGCCAUCAUUUACUUUAUCAGUUUUUAUAUGCUUUGUGCAUUUUUGAUAAUAAACUUAUUUGUGGCUGUCAUUAUGGAUAACUUUGACUAUUUGACACGUGACUGGUCCAUUCUGGGUCCUCAUCAUUUGGAUGAGUUCAAAAGGAUAUGGUCAGAAUAUGAUCCUGAAGCAAAGGGAAGGAUAAAGCAUCUUGAUGUGGUUACGUUACUGAGACGCAUUCAGCCACCACUUGGUUUUGGCAAAUUAUGCCCUCACCGAGUGGCCUGCAAGAGGUUAGUAGCCAUGAAUAUGCCACUAAAUAGUGAUGGAACCGUCAUGUUCAAUGCUACUUUGUUUGCUUUGGUUAGGACUGCUCUAAAGAUAAAAACAGAAGGUAACCUAGAGCAAGCAAAUGAAGAACUUAGAGCAGUUAUAAAGAAAAUAUGGAAGAAAACUAGCAUGAAAUUACUCGACCAAGUUGUCCCUCCGGCUGGCGAUGAUGAGGUAACCGUGGGGAAGUUCUAUGCCACCUUCCUGAUACAGGACUACUUUAGGAAAUUCAAGAAACGCAAAGAACAAGGACUGGUGGGGAAAUAUCCUGCGAAGAAUACCACGAUUGCUCUGCAGGCAGGACUAAGGACACUUCAUGAUAUCGGCCCUGAAAUACGCCGAGCUAUAUCCUGUGACUUGCAAGAUGAUGAACCAGAGGAAAACAAUCCAGACGAGGAGGAAGAAGUGUAUAAAAGGAAUGGUGCCCUCUUUGGCAACCAUAUAAACCACAUUAACAGUGACAGACGAGAUUCGUUUCAGCAGAUCAACACCACGCACCGUCCCUUACAUGUGCAGCGGCCUUCAUUUCCAUCUGCAAGCGAUCCUGAGAAAAAUGUAUAUCCUCAGACAGGAAAUUCUGUGUACCACAAUCAUCAUAACCACAACUCAGUAGGAAAACAAGUUCCAAACUCAACAAAUGCCAAUCUCAAUAAUGCCAAUGUAUCCAAAGUUGUUCAUGGGAAACACGCUAAUUUUGGAAGUCAUGAGCAUAGAUCUGAAAAUGGUUACCAUUCAUACUCUAAAGCUGACCAUGAGAAGCGUAGAAGGCCAAGCAGUAGGAGAACCCGCUACUACGAAACAUAUAUUAGGUCUGACUCUGGUGAUGGCCGUCGACCAACUAUUUGCCGUGAAGAACGUGACAUUCGAGACUAUUGCAAUGAUGAUCAUUAUUUGGGAGAGCAGGAUUAUUAUAGUGGAGAAGAAUACUAUGAGGAAGACAGCAUGUUGUCAGGAAGCAGGCAUGUAUAUGAUUACCACUGUAGACAUCACUGUCAUGACUCAGAUUUUGAAAGACCAAAAGGUUACCAUCACCCACAUGGGUUUUUUGAGGAAGAUGAUUCACAGACCUGUUAUGAUACGAAAAGAUCUCCUAGGAGACGGCUGCUACCUCCAACACCAGCAUCAAAUAGACGAUCUUCCUUUAAUUUUGAAUGCCUCCGCCGACAGAGUAGUCAGGAUGAUAUUCCACUCUCUCCAAAUUUCCACCAUCGCACAGCUUUACCACUUCACUUAAUGCAGCAGCAGGUCAUGGCUGUUGCGGGUCUGGAUUCCAGUAAAGCUCAUAAACAUUCACCAAGUCGUUCCACGCGUUCAUGGGCUACCCCACCUGCAACCCCUCCCAACAGGGACCGUACCCCGUAUUACACACCUCUAAUCCAAGUUGACAGGGCUGAAUCUACAGAACAUAUGAAUGGUAGCCUGCCUUCCUUGCACAGGAGCUCUUGGUACACAGACGACCCUGAUAUCUCCUACCGAACAUUUACACCAGCCAAUUUAACAGUACCUAAUGACUUUAGGCAUAAACACAGUGACAAACAGAGGAGUGCAGACAGUUUGGUAGAAGCGGUACUUAUAUCUGAAGGCCUAGGAAGGUAUGCAAAGGACCCUAAAUUUGUUUCAGCUACAAAACAUGAGAUUGCUGAUGCUUGUGACAUGACUAUCGAUGAGAUGGAAAGUGCGGCAAGUAAUCUUCUCAAUGGAAAUAUUAGCAAUGGGACCAAUGGGGAUAUGUUCCCCAUUUUAAGUAGACAAGAUUAUGAACUUCAAGAAUUUGGUCCUGGCUACAGUGACGAAGAACCAGAACCAGGACGAUAUGAAGAAGAUUUAGCUGAUGAAAUGAUAUGCAUUACAAGCUUAUAGUAUUUAGCAAGGGAAAUGAUUUUAAAUAACAGAAAAAGUGCCUCAUAGUUCAAAGAUGCUAGGCACUAGUUGGGGUUAACCGAUCAAGUUUUGUACAAGUGACGUCACGCCUCAAGGAAGCCAUAACUAAUAAACAGAUUAUCUCCGGGUUGCUGAAAUGUGAUCAGAGCUGCAGCACAUCAUCUCUUCCCACAGAAUCUUCAGCUUCUCUGUAGGAAUAAGGUUAUUUUGGAAAGAAGCGGGUUCUGACAAUCAGUUUUUUGAGGGCUAGAGUGGGAUUCUGAGGUGUAAUAUCUUGCCUGUCCUUCAACUUUGUGCUGCUGUCCUUCAUAGUAGAGCGGGAUUCUGUCAGUGAAAAUGUGUAAGUCCAGCACAACACGAGGUGAGUGAUGACAACCAAUAAUGUCAUUACCUCAGUACUCAAGAGCAUAUCAGCUAUCCAUUGCAUAUCUAUUCUAAUACUGUUUUCAAACCUGCCUCCCAAUUUCUUUUCUUAAUGCUCUUCUAAAACAUGGUUUGUCAUGCUCUACCUGUUAGAGAUCAUUGGAAAAAGAAGUUAUAUAAAGAAUAUUCUGUCAUAUGUAACAUCAGUUUACAUAGCAAAAUAUCAUUCAGAUAGUCUGUUUUAUGACUAUCACAUUAAGGGCAAAAUAUACUGGAAUAAUUGCAUUCUUACUAAUGCACUUGCAACCAGGUUAAAGUAGAAUUAGAUAAGAUAGUUUGCUAAAAAUUAUAUAGUAGAAAUUAUUGUAAAUGAAUUGUAAUAUACAAUGAUUUGUAUUUGUAAAGAGAUGUUCUAUAUUUUGUAAUUAUUGUACCGUAAUUGAACUGCAGCAAUAUUUAUGGACCCUAAUUAUUGUAACUCUCCACAGAAUUCUAGAUAUGAGUAUUUUUACUUGGAAUAUAUAGAUCUAUAGCAUAAAUAUUUAAAUAGAGCCACCUCUCAUUGUAAAUCUUUUUGGGAUAAAGUGUCAAGUUUGAACUUGACAACACAGACUUUUUUUUUAACAUUAUGGUGUCAAAUGAAUCUCUCUGUGUAAGGGAUGCACAGUUGACCAUUUGCAGUCUUAUACUUGGAAAGGUAAAAGAUUUGAAAUUAUUUUAACAUUUUGAUUGAAAAGUAAGUUGUAAUUUUAUUUUUGUAUUAAUCCCAUGCUACUGAAAUAUUAUUUAAAAAUUGGCAAGUUCAUGCCAGGGUAGUAAUCAUGGGACAGUUUGUCUUGACAAAGUACAUUGCCUAUGUACCCUACUGUGAUAGAAAGCAUCUAGGGCAGAAACUGUUUCAUAGGUAAAGGAAAAUGCUUUACUAAGUAUUGCUUACUUUGCUCAGAAAAAGAAGAAAUAUGACUAAAUGAUUCUUCACAGAACCAAAAAAAAAAAUAAUAA